CUUCUUGGUUGACAUACUUUGACACGCGUGGGCUGGUUAUGCGGUUUGCGUACUGUUUACGAUUACGUGUGGAAGAGGACGUGAUGGAAGUUUUUGUUCACAAUUUGUAUGAUUAGUUGACAACUGGAUGCUUUGUUAUAUGUCAGAUAUGAGUUUCCAAAACUAGGAGAAUGUCUCGUGCUACAAAACGGAAGCAUGUUAUCCGUGAAGUCUUGGUAGAAGAGAUACGUCCACCAACUGAGGAGCAGUCAAUUGUACAAGUCCUUGCCGGCAGAGGAAAUAACCUGCAUCUUGUUGCUCCGGCUUCAGGAGAACCUUUCCUUGCCUCAAUGCCCACAAAAUUCCGUCGUAACGUAUGGAUUAAACGUGGAGAUUACCUGCUUGUAGAACCCAUACCUGAAGGAGACAAGGUGAAAGCUGAGAUUGUCACUAUUGUUACGAGAGAUCAUGAAAAGUUCUAUCGUGAGCUUGGAAUUUGGCCUCCAGAAUUUGAUAAAACUGGUAGUGGCGCAGAAAAUCUCAAGAAUGGAAGAGAAGCGGGAGACACAAGUGAAGAUGAAGAUCUCUUUGUGAACAAGAAUAGACAGGUUGUGGAAGUAAGUGAAUCAGAUGAAACUGAAAGUGAUGACAAUGAAAGUGGGAGUGAUUUGGAUGAUGAAGCAAGAGAGAGUGCCAGUGACAGCUAUGAACCUGUUUCUGUUGAGAGUGAAGCCGAUGACAGAACAGGAGAUAGUGACAGUGAUGGAGGUGAGCCUGGUGUUAUCAAAGAUACUUGUAGUUCAGAUAAAAAGCAAAGUACCACUGACAGUACCACGGAGAAACAGGAGAACUGUAAGGAAUAAAUAAAAAAAAACUGGUGAUGUUGUAUCUGGCAAAGCAUGUUAACAACUGGGAAAGGAACACUUAUUCCAACCCUGUUAUAGAUAAUUGGAUGCUUACCACAUGUGGUUUUAAUUAUAUAACUUCACAUAUGGAUUCAGAUUAUGUAUGUAAGUGUUCUAUGCUAGUUGUUGUAACUAGACAAAUGUUUCAGAUGGCCACUUUGUAAAAAUUAUGAAGUUGUAUUGAAUAUUUAUAGUAUGUGAAUAACAUGUACUUCAUAUUGUUUUUCAAAACAAGCAACAAAAAAUUGAAAUGCAAGAUAUAUUAAAGAGAGUUUAUAUAUACAACUGUUUGGCAAAAUAAACAUGACUUAUUAGUUGCUGUUUACAUUU